AUGAGCGCUGGCGAUGGCAGCAAGGUGUUGCCGCCAGCGGCGAGAGAGGGGGAGGGCGCUGUAAACACGGCCAAGAAGAAGCAAGAGAAUGCGUCCACAGGAGCUUCUGCGGCUACCAUCCGGGCUCUCAGUGCGCGCAUGUUCGCCUUCUACUUCCGUGCACCAGUCAAGGCGUUUUUCAGAGCUAGAGUAGACUAUAUGGGAUAUGCUCGCGCUAUCAACCCGCGCAUCCAAGCCGGAGAACCAUGGUCCUACCGACAGCUCUCCCCCUUCAUCCUGGCCCACGCUAUCCGUACCCAUGGCUGGUCUUUCAUCCCCAACCAGGUCCUCCCUCCUCUCCUCGCCAACACCGCCGUCGGGGCUGUUCUGUACACGACCUACCUUAACACGCUAGGCUUGAUGCACGAACCCUCCUCUCGGGCCACGAAGCGAGUCUACCCUCCGCCACCUUUGGAGACUGCCUUCAAAGCAGGCUUCGUUGCUGGCACUGUGCAGUCUCUGCUCGCAGCGCCACUCGAUGCUCUCCAAGUCCGCUUUCAGGCCAAGGAAAUGAUGGAAGGCAGAUGGGGAAACAUGUGGCAGUAUGCUCACGCCAAGACGAAGGAGAUUGGCGCUCGCGGUGUCUUCGCUGGCUGGACUCUCUCCUUCGUCCGCGACUCGAUUGGCUUUGGAGCCUUCUUUGCCGCCUUCGAGUUCGUCAAGGGACAAUGCUUCUACAGCUUUGUGAGCAAUGUCUACGGUUUCUACGAUAAGCUAUCGCUGUUCCAGAAGACGAAGAUCUUGGGCCAGGAAGCCACGCCUGGUCGACCGGAGAUCAAGCCGCAUUACAUGCUUGAGCCGACCUUCAUCUUGAUGGCUGGUGCGGCAGCAUCGAUCGCGCAAUCCGUGGUGCAGCAUCCGAUAACCCGCAUCCAGGACGUGCAUUACGGACGACUGGAAUGGAUUGACUCGCAUCGCCCGCCUCAAGCCCAGCCACCAUCAGCAACCGAACCCAAGCCAGCCGCUACGGCCCCGCCAAAGCGCAAUGCCUUCAGUAUGUACGCGAGCGCCUAUAGGAAGACGUUUAAGGAAUGUGCAGCGCUUGCACGGCGGUCUGGUGGUCUUAGGGCGUGGCUGUACAAGGACUUCUUGGUCGGGACUUUGAGGCAGGUCCCUAGUACGAGCGCCGGGUUGAUUGCUUUCGAAGUUAUACGGCGGAAGUAUGCUAUGGAUGAGGAGGUUGUGAGGAUUCACAAGGACGGAUAUGAUAUCCUGCUUGUCUGA